GGGCGGGGCAGGCGGCGCACCGGGCGGCCGAGGGGCGGGGGCGCGGCCCCUCCCCUCCCCCCGCCCGGCUGCCGGUGGGGGCGGGGACGCGCCGCAUGCCAGCGACGCCACCGGCGCCCGCCGCGGCCGGAGCAGGGGCCGGGAGCUGGGGAGGGGGACGCCGGUUUGGACCGGGCCCUUUGUCUGAGCGGCCGGUGGGGUGUCGCGGCGGUGGCCCCACCGUGAGGCGAGGCGGCGCCGGGAGCCUCCACCCCUGGCCCACCCUGCCCCGGGCUCAUCAUGUGACGCGGGACACCAGCGCCUUUGAGAACAGAAUGUUAAUGCUUGAUGGGAUGCCGGCAGUCAGAGUCAAAACAGAGCUGUUGGAAUCUGAGCAAGGGUCUCCAAACGUCCACAACUACCCAGAUAUGGAAGCUGUACCCUUGUUACUAAACAACAUGAAGGCAGAUCCCGUGGAGGAUUCAUUAUCUACAGACCAUUUCCAAACACAGACUGAACCAGUGGACUUGUCAAUAAACAAAGCCAGGUCAUCACCUACAGCAGCUUCAUCUUCACCGGUUUCCAUGACAGCAUCAGCCUCCUCUCCUUCUUCUACUUCUACUUCUUCUAGUCGUCCAGCUUCAUCACCCACAGUAAUAACAUCAGUAUCCUCAGCAGCAUCUGUACCAUCAGUAUUAACUCCAGGUCCUCUAGUGGCCUCUGCAUCUGGUGUUGGAGGCCAGCAGUUUUUGCACAUUAUCCAUCCAGUACCACCUUCAAGCCCCAUGAACUUGCAGUCCAACAAAAUGAGUCAUGUGCACCGUAUCCCUGUGGUGGUACAGUCGGUACCUGUUGUCUAUACAGCUGUGAGAUCACCUGGGAAUAUGAACAACACUAUAGUCGUACCACUGUUGGAGGAUGGGAGAAGCCACGUCAAAGCACAAAUGGACCCCCGAGGCCUAUCUCCCAGACAAAUUAAAAGUGACAGUGAUGAUGACGACCUGCCAAAUGUGACCUUAGAUAGCGUUAAUGAAACUGGAUCUACAGCGCUCUCCAUAGCCAGAGCAGUACAAGAAGAGAGCAUGUGGGGCUGUGCCAGGUCAGCUGUUAACCCUUUUCGUUUUUUCAACUCCAGUUCCAUUUCACCGUUCAGUAUUGAGAGCACAAGGCGUCAGAGAAGGUCUGAGUCUCCAGACUCCAGGAAGCGGCGCAUCCAUCGGUGUGACUUUGAGGGAUGCAACAAAGUAUACACAAAAAGUUCCCACCUGAAGGCUCACCGGAGGACACACACAGGAGAAAAACCCUACAAAUGUACCUGGGAAGGCUGCACCUGGAAGUUUGCUCGCUCCGACGAACUGACGAGGCAUUACCGCAAGCACACGGGAGUGAAGCCAUUCAAGUGUGCAGACUGUGACCGCAGCUUUUCCCGCUCAGAUCACUUGGCGCUCCACCGCCGCAGGCACAUGCUGGUUUGAGAAACGCUACCUGUUCCAGCUGAGUUUAAGAGCUGGGUCUCUUAACUAUCUGGAGUGAAUUCAGCAGGGCUGAAUCCCCCUCUACAGUGUUAACAGGCAGGGCUUUCCUUGAUGUCCGUAAUGAAACAAACAAACAAAAAUGACAGAAAUUUGAAAAAAGAAAUGAAAAAGUUAAAAAGGCAGGAAAAGAAGUGCCACUCUUCUCCUCACCAUCUGAAGUUAACCCCGUCUGCCCCUUAGCAUGGCUACCCCCUGAAAGUGUCAUCGUAAUCACCUGGGAAAUAGCAGCCGAAAUGCUACAGGAAUGGGCAUUAUUUUACAUGCUGCAUCCUUUGACAAAAAAAUGUUUAUAGCUUGUAUGUUUUCUCAGCUGUCGGACAUUUUGUUCCUGAAAAAUCACUGCUGAUUGGAGGAUUAGAUACCACAAACCAACAAUGAUGAUGAAAGCAAGACCUCUAGACCUUUAUUGUCCCAUCUUUUCCCCUUUUUUGAAUACCAUCUGGCCGGUGUCAGCAUUAUGACCAAGCUGUGCUGCAGACAAGCUGCAUGUGAGUAGGCAAGAAGAUUCUGCUGGAGGGGUCCCACUGAGGAGUUGAAGGGUCACUUGAGCAGACUUUUGCAUUAACAAUGGUGGCAUUUUAAUAUUGUACCACAAUUUGUCAUUAUGCCCUAGAGGACACCAGCCAUUUAACCUUGUAUCUUUUCUUUUUCUUGUUCUUUUUUUUUUUCCUUUCUUUUAUUGUUGAAGUCUGUAAAAUAAACAAGGGUUAGCAGCAUCUCUGCUGAAAGUACAGUAUUAAGUAUCUGUAUUUUACCAUGGGCUUAUUCAGAACUGUUUCCUGAUUCAUAUAGAAAGAGCUCAUCUAAAAACUACUACCCCAUUCUCAACAUGCAGUUUUCUUUCAUGCAGCUAAUCCACUUCCCCAUGACCAUUAUUUGAACACGAAGAAAUAGAACUUACACUCACUGGUACCAAGAUUAGUGGUGUAGCCAUUCAUGAAAUAGAAUUGAAUGUACCAACAAAAGAAAACAGAAAAGAAACAGCUGCAUCUCUUGCAGAGGAAAAAGCAAUAAUGAAUAAAAUGGCUCUCAAGACAAUAAUUUACUCCACGCCAACAGAGCGGGUGGAGGUGGGGGGAGGUAUGCAGAAAUAGCUCAUAAGAUCAUUUGAGUUAAUCUUUCUGAUGGUUUCACUGACCUGCUAGGUACCACAAUUAAAUAGUUUCAUUUCCUUUAACAUAAUACUUGUGUCUGGAAAGCAAGAAUGAUAAAGGAAAGAGCUUAUUGUUGAGGAGUCAGUGGAUGAACCAUAAGUAGAAAGGAGAAAUGUUUCUGUAGUGGUGCUCUGCAAGACAUUAGGUUUCUCCCAGGGAAUUAGGGAAUAACAAGAUUUUGCCAGCUGUCUAGUACGAUAUAAAUGGCCCUUUAUAUGGGUACCAGUGGCUGCCUCUGCUGGGAUUUUCAAUCCAAGCCUUUUCAGAUUAAAUAAAAGGAAAUUCUUGAUCAUUCCCAUACAGCCCUAUAAUUGUGAACCAAUUUGUAUUAAUUGAAUUAUGUAGGAAAGAGAGAAACUCUUAGUCAUCAGUUGUUCAUGCAAAGGAAUAGUGUAUUUCUGUUCUCUUUCCUCACAAGGAUCUGUCCAUUCAGCUAGAUUUGACAAAUAGGAGGCUUGGCAAGAUUUUUUUAAGUGUUGAGAUUUUUAUAGCUUAGAGGUGAAAGAUGUAUACAUAAAAGUCUUUUGCAAUGUAUUUAAUUAUGAAUAUUUGGUUCCAGGAAUUGCACAGAUUAAACUUGUGAUGUCACUUGUCGAUUUUUGAAUGUUUGAGCAGUCUGAAUUAAUUUCUGAUCCUGAAGUAACUGUGGUAAUGUUGGGAGAAUUCUGAAAUUGAAGUGAUCUUUUAAGAAAUACCAGUACACCCAUACAGAUACUGAAAACGAUUACAGUUAAUUGAGGGUUAAUAUGACUGGGGUAAUACUUUAUGACUGCUUUCACAGGCCCUAGAGUUUGUCUUUAAAUGCAUUCAAUGUGCCCCAGUACCAGUUAGAUUAUCAACUCUCCGAGGGAACUUCAGUACUGUCAGAGCUCAGGUUCCCCUCUGCCAGGUGAUCAGGAAAAAACAGAACAAAUUAUUUGCAGGUAUUGUGAUAAAAAUGCCUCUAUCAGUCCCAUUGACUGCAUUGCUAAUUGACUUCCACUAAAGUUGGCAAUAUUUUGGUAUCUGUUACCAAAUCAGGAAUGAAGCAGAGGUGUUGAGCGUCCAUGCAGUAUGUGAAAAGGCUGCUGUGGAGCCGGCUCCUGGACAGGCCAUGAGGCAUUGAGGGGCAGCAGACCUGGGUCUUCGCCCACAGUGUUACUGCUGUUAGUUUAAAAAUUGGUUGUCAAUGUGGUGCAUGAGAUGGCUCAUGGAUUACCUCUGAGGUCUGCCUCUUAAAUGGAUCUGUCAUACUCAGCAUUUAGGGAAAGAAGUCUGGUCAAUUGAUAAAAUUGUUUUCCUGCCCAAAAACUUUCUACUGACUGAUUACCUGAGUAGCAGUAAUUCAGUUCAAAAAUCAGCUGCAUACAGAAUUCCUUUCAGACUGUGUGAUUUUUUUUUUC